AUGGCUCCGCAACAGGGCGAUCGCCCGUUCAAGAUCAUGGUUAUCAAUCCGAACGUAUCUACAGAGAUGACAGACGCCUUGAAGCCUAUCAUGGAAAGCCUCAACUUCAAUGAUGUGGAGUGGCACUUCUAUACCUCUCCGAGAGAGGUUCACAAAUACGACCCUGCCCACCCAGAAUCUCCCAUCGACAGCAUCAACAGCUCCGUGGACUCGGCCAAGACCGCACUAGUCUGUCGAGAUACUACCCAAUACAUCCCGGACUUUGACGCAUUCCUCGUCGCCUGCUACUCUGCCCACCCUCUCGUAGGGAUCUUGCGCAGGGCAAUCGCAGAGUAUGAGUCGAAACACACCAACCAACGCCACCGUUACGUGACUGGAAUUUUUGAAUCCAGCGUCACAACAUCCCUCUCCUUGAUCAGCGCAUUCAAUCUUACUUCCGUUAUGUACGCCCGUGACCAGGUGGAAGACUCCUUUGGCAUCGUCACCACUGGCAGUGGAUGGAAGCAAGAACUCACCAACGCCGUUACUGAGAUGCUGGUUGGCAAGGACAAAGAAACCCCUGCUUGCUUCGCAGGAGUCGAGACAACCGGUCUUUCUGCCCUCGAGCUGCACCAUACUGAUCCUGAGGAGGUCAGACGUCGAAUCUCAGAGGCCACCACCAGACUGCUGAAGAACUCGUCUACAUUUGUCGGAGCAGUCUGUCUGGGCUGUGCCGGCAUGGUUGGCAUGGAGCAAGCUGUGAGAGAAGGUUGCAUCGCAGCCUACGGAGAGAACGAUGGCCUUCGAGUCCGGAUUAUCGAUGGUGUCAUCCUCAGAGCCCAAAAGUUCCCCGCGUCAACGCGAUACGCGUGGACUUCCAAUCCCCUCAACGGCGCAAACUUGACCACGAUGCCUAGGGAAAUCAUCACGAUCCAAGCCGGCCAAUGCGGCAACAACGUCGGUAGUCAGUUCUGGCAACAGCUGUGCCUGGAGCAUGGUAUCAGCCAAGAUGGAAACCUGGAGGAGUUCGCGACCGAGGGCGGCGAUCGCAAGGAUGUGUUCUUCUACCAAAGUGACGACACCCGAUACAUUCCCCGCGCGAUCCUACUCGACUUGGAACCAAGAGUUCUCCACGCCAUUCAAUCCGGUCCAUAUCGCAACAUCUACAACCCCGAGAACUUCUUUAUCGGACAAAAUGGUGUCGGUGCUGGAAACAACUGGGGUGCUGGAUACGCAGCUGGAGAAGGGGUCCAAGAAGAGAUCUUUGACAUGAUCGACCGAGAAGCAGAUGGUAGUGAUUCACUGGAGGGCUUCAUGCUAUUACACUCCAUUGCCGGUGGUACAGGCUCCGGCCUGGGAAGUUAUCUCUUGGAGCGAAUGAAUGACCGCUUCCCUAAGAAGCUGAUCCAGACAUACUCCGUCUUCCCGGAUAUGCAAACAACAGACGUCGUCGUCAAUCCUUACAACAGUCUGCUUUCCAUGCGACGAUUGACACAAGAUGCGGACUCUGUGGUUGUAUUGGAUAACGGCGCGCUCUCGCGCAUUGUCGCCGAUCGCCUCCACUUGAGACCUGACUCUUUCGAUGAUAAGACCAACUUUGACCAGACUAACCAGCUCGUAUCAACGGUGAUGUCGGCAUCCACGGCUACACUCCGCUACCCAGGCUACAUGCACAACGACCUUGCCGGAAUCAUUGCCUCGCUCAUCCCCACGCCACGAUGCCACUUCUUGCUCACCUCUUACACUCCUUUCACCGGCGACAGCAUCGAAAAAGCCAAGACAGUACGCAAAACCACCGUGCUAGACGUGAUGCGCCGUCUCCUCCAGCCGAAGAACCGCAUGGUCUCCAUGACCCCCAGUAAAUCCAGCUGCUACAUUAGUAUCCUGAACAUGAUCCAAGGUGAAGCCGAUCCUACCGACGUGCACAAAUCACUACUGCGUAUCCGUGAGCGCCGACUCGCCUCUUUCAUUCCCUGGGGCCCAGCCAGUAUCCAGGUUGCCUUGACGAAGAAAUCGCCGUACCUGCAGCAUUCGCAUCGGGUCAGCGGUCUCAUGUUGGCUAACCAUACCUCCGUGGCCACCUUGUUCAAGCGGGUCAUCCAACAAUACGAUCGGCUACGCAAGCGCAAUGCCUUCUUGGAGCCGUACAAGAAGGAGGCACCAUUCGCCGAUGGAUUGGGCGAGUUCGACGAAGCAAGGGCGGUAGUAAUGGAUCUUGUGGCGGAGUAUGAGGCUGCCGAGCGCGAGGACUACCUAGAUCCAGGCGCGGGAGCGGAGAAGGAGCUCGGGGUUUGA